AGAGAUGUGUCCUUUCGAGUGGAAGAGCUGUUUUACCUCCAGUUUGACAUUUAAACUGCAAGAUAACAGCACAGCAUCUGAGGAAAUGGGUGCUUUCAUUUUCCAGGAACUUUGAUGUGAGACUCCGACGUCCUUUGUGGAGCCACGAUGUCUUCGAGGCUUUUCUCUGCCGGACGACAGGGCGUGUUCGAGGGCCUGGGGCGCUGGCCUCCGUCCCCACGGGCUGUCCUGGGCUGGCUCCUCCCGCAGCGUGCUGCCCCCAGGCUGCUCUCUCUCGGCUGUGCAGACGGUGCCCAGGAGCCCUCCAGAAAGAAACCGCUGUCCGAGAAAAAGCUGAAACGGCAUUUCGUGGACCAGCGCCGGGUGCUUGUCCGAGGGGGGCGUGGAGGCGACGGGGUGAGCUGCUUCCACAGCGAGCCCCGGAAGGAGUUUGGGGGCCCUGAUGGUGGCGACGGGGGCAACGGCGGCCACGUCAUCCUGAGAGUUGACCGGCAAGUCAAGUCCCUGUCCUCGGUCCUGUCCCAGUAUCAGGGCUUUGACGGAGAGCACGGCGGCAGGAAGAACUGCUUUGGGCGCAGUGGCGCGCUCCUCCACGUCCGGGUCCCCGUGGGCACUUUAGUGAAGGAGGGAGGCGAAGUCGUGGCUGACCUGUCACGCCCAGGGGACGAGUACCUCGCCGCUCGGGGCGGGGCAGGAGGAAAGGGCAACCGCUUCUUCCUGGCCAACGACAACCGUGCGCCCGUCACCUGCACCUCCGGGGAGCCCGGGCAGGAGCGCGUCCUCUUUCUGGAGCUCAAGACCAUGGCCCACGCUGGCAUGGUUGGAUUCCCCAACGCAGGCAAGUCCUCGCUCCUCCGGGCCAUUUCACGUGCAAAACCCGCGGUGGCCGCCUACCCCUUCACCACGUUGAAGCCCCACGUCGGCAUCGUGCACUACGAGGACCACCAGCAGGUCGCAGUGGCCGACGUACCGGGCAUCAUCCGAGGCGCACACCGGAACCGGGGCCUGGGGCUGGCCUUCCUCCGGCACAUCGAGCGCUGCGGCUUCCUGCUGUUCGUGGUGGACCUGGCGCUGCCCGAGCCCUGGACCCAGGUGGAGGACCUGAGGUUCGAGCUGGAGAAGUACGAGCGGGGCCUGUCUGAGCGACCUCACGUCAUCGUCGCCAACAAGAUUGACCUCCCGCAGGCAAGGGCCAACCUGCCCGAGCUGCAGGCCCGCCUGGGCGGAGGCGCCAUCGCCCUGUCGGCGGCCACGGGCGAGAACCUGGAGGAGCUGCUGCUGCGCAUCAAGGAGCUGCAUGACCAGCACGCAGCCGCCGAGCUGGCGCGGGGCCGCCAGCCCCUGAGCUGGUAGCAUGGGCUCCUCACGCUCAGCCGGGCCGCUCCCGUGCUCCUGUGCCAGCAGCCGGCCCUCCAACACCGAGGUGGGCUUGUCGCUGUGACGAGCACCCUGAGCAAUGAGGACAGUGCUGUCGGGUUUGUAGGGAGACCAGAGGGUGCGACUGGAGCCAGAGGCGCCAACCCGCACGCGAGCAGCUGUCACAGCUGGGCCUGCGAGUCCUCAGCUGUCCCCACGCCCGCAGAGACUGGACAGGCACCCUGCUCUGCUUGGAGGCCAUGUCCGAGCAGCGAGGCGCUGCCCGCUGUCCUCAGGCUGUGCCGAGCUCCGGAGCCGAGCGCGCGCUGGCUUCACGACUGAGUGCACCCAAUAUCCGCCCGGAGCGCGGCUUCCGAUCUCGUCUGUGCAGCGACUUGUGAGCUGCUGGUGGCCGGGCUCCGAGAGGACGUGGGCUUGGCCCCCACUGCUGGCGUCAGAGAGACUGCCGGGCUGCACUGCCGCCAGCCUUCGGUCAGCUCCCCCUGCUUCCCCCUGCGGCACAGGCCCCAGGCCAGGGCGGUUCUCUCUGCAGGAGUUAAGAGGCUGGGUGCUCCAGAGGCGACCCUGCCCACUGCGCUCUCGCGGACUCGGGCCUGGAGGGGACAGCGCUGCUGCCCUCGUCCUCCAGCAAAAUGCUCUGCGACUAGUUU